CCCUAGUUCUUCUGCGAUGGGAGCAUUUCCCGCUUGGAGCGCUUGCCGGCGGAGAUUCUCGCCCGAUGACGCCUUCUUCAAUGCAGGGAAUGUGGAGCGGGAGCUUCAGGCGAAGCAGGUCUCGCUCAAUAUUUCCGAGGAGGAGAGAGCAUACAUUGGUCGGAUCGAGGACGAAGACUGCUGGCUCGUGAAUUGCUCCAUCGCUGGCUGUGGCGCUCCGCUGCGAGGCGUGGAAGAGCUCGAAAACCACCACCUCAUUCGCCACACGGCGGUGUGCUCGGUUUGCUCCUCGUGCUUCCCAACAAAGCGGCUCCUCAGUCUACACAUUUCCGAAACUCAUGACUCUUUCUUCAAAGCCAAAGUGGCUCGAAAUCAUCCCAUGUACGAGUGCCUUGUGGAAGGAUGCCCCGGCGUGUUCUUCUCGGACAAAUCCCGGAAGCAGCACCUGGUAGACAAGCACAAGUUCCCGUCCAGCUUCCACUUCCACAAGAGCACCAAGAAUCAUCCAUCGCAGAAGCAGCGGCAGCGUUUCAAGGCCAAGAGCUACAUGGACUCGGCUCCAAAGCCUGAGGAAGCGGCCAUGAGUGUGGAUGUGGACGAGCUCUCCAGCGCCAUCUCCAAGCUCACCACUGCUGCCGAGAGCGAUCACGUCCCCCAAAGCAUCAGCUUUGGACGAAAGCGCGGCGGUCUCGUCACUCGUCACUCUCGCCAUCCUAGAAACUAGUGCAAGAUCAUGGAUCAUUUCGAUGAUACGAAUUUUUCCUCCAUUCUCGAAAGGUACGGUUGUAUAUUUCUUUUGAUAAGAUAGACGAAGUAUCAAAAAUUCCAAUA